GCUUCCAAGUGAGAAAUCUAAUUUUUUCGAGAAGUCGCAAAACGAAAAUCAACAAAUGUCAGGGGAAGUAAUUGCAGACGAUCCAACUCAGCUGUCAAAAAGGAGAAAGCAUUUGGAGAAUAUGAAGGGACAGCAAACUACUCAGAAAAGCAAAAUUUCCCAAUCAUGGACAGAGUCGAAUGAUGAUCUUACUGUGCGGCUGAAAGUUGAAGGAUUUAACGAGAAUCAAGCUUCAAUGCUGGAUGUGGCAUUUGCUGACAGUGAUGUAGUUGUGAAGCUUCCUGAUGGCCAAACACUGACAAUACCAUUCUUUGCUGAAAUAUGCAGAGAAAAAAGCCAAGUCAAGGUGAAAAAGCAGAGAAUUACAUUGCACAUGAAAAAGAAAUUGUGUAAAAAAUGGAACAGACUUGAGAGAGAAACAGUCUCUCUUCCAACUGAUGUAGACCAGACCAAUAUUUCUUUACCAAAUGUUGCUGACUGCAAGAUGGAGGAUGCUUCCUGCGACAUUGUGGAUGUGCCCCGGUCUUACUCCAAUGGACAUGGCCUGGCCAUACCCCAAGCCAGUAGCGGUAGCACUGACAUCAGAGAUGAAUCACAUGAAGAUGUUUCUGAUAAAUCAGUUGAUGAUAGUGAAGAAAAGUUUGUUAAAGAUGAAGAAAGUGUGAUAGAGCUAACUCAUGUAAAACAUGACUUUAUGGAAAAGGAUGAUAAGAUAACAGUGCACAUUUAUGUGAAAGAAGUGGUUAAAGAUAGUCUGAAGGUACAGUUUGACACCAAGACUUUAAAAGUGAAGUUUCAAUCCAGAAACUCAAAGUUUUUGGAGAUCAACCCUGGUAGCGGUGAUGAAACAAACUUUCUUUGGAGGAUUAAUCUAAAGGGAGAAAUUGUAAAGGACAAAUGCACAUUCAAAUGUUCAAACACUUUGAUUGAACUGACUGUUUUCAAGAAAGACUUCAAGCGGUGGGGAGAUUUGGAGGAUCUGAUGAGGCCAGUGGUACCAGUUUCUUCAUCUUCCUCAGACUGGGAACCAAUCCAGUCUGUGGACACUAAGUCUAGAGUGAGAACCAGCACUGAUGAUCACAACCCCAGCAGCAACCUUUCCAGCCCGUCGAGAGGCAAUCUGGCUUUCAAUGAGAUGGUGGAGAGCAUAACGAGGGAAAACCUCAACCAGAAGCCGCCUGAUGGAGGGCUCUCAGCUUCUACUUCCAAGGAGUCUUUGCAGAAGCCAACAGCAAAAGUUCAGCCGCUUAGCAGCCAGGCAGAGGAGAAGGCGAUGGUGGUGACACCUGGCUACACGGGACUGGAGAACCUGGGAAAUACCUGCUUUAUGAACGGGGUCCUGCAGUGUCUGGUCAACAUCAGGGAGUUCAAGGACUUCUUUCUGAAUGGAGACUUUCAGAAGGAUUUGAACAUAGAAAAUGUUCUUGGUAGUGGUGGCAAACUGGCAGUGGCAUUUGCAGUGCUCUGCAAAGUUCUUUGGUCUGGAAAGUUUUACUCGUAUGCACCUGCAAAACUGAAGAAACUUGUGGCACAAAAGGCCAGUCAGUUUACUGGUUUUGCUCAACAUGAUGCGCAGGAAUUCAUGGCAUUUCUUCUUGACGGCUUACACGAGGACUUGAAUCGUGUGAAGAAGAAGCCAUAUACGGAGACGGUAGAAGACAGGGGCCGUCCAGACGAGGUGGUAGCGGAUGAGGCCUGGAACGUGCACAGGCGCCGUAACAACUCCUUCAUUGUGGACCUUUUCCAGGGGCAGUACAAGUCAAAGCUUGUCUGCCCAGUCUGUGGGAAGGUUUCGAUAACUUUUGAUCCAUUCCUUUAUUUAUCGUUACCUUUGCCAAAGCAAAAGCGAUUGUUACCAGUGACUUUCAUGUGGAAAGAUCCAUACAAAAAACCUAUUAGGUACAUGCUUCGGUUAGCAAAAGAAGCAACAGUGGAGGUGAUGAAGGAACAACUGCACAAAAAGACUGGAGUGGACCCAAAUGAUAUUCGAAUAUUCGAAACCUACAAAGGAAGGGUGCAGAAAACAUUUGGUCGUUUUUCCAGUUUGACUAAUGUACAAGCCAGUGAUAUGAUAAUUGCGGCUGAGGUGUUGUCAGAAGAAUUAGCUGGUGAACCAGUGUAUGAAGUAGUAAUCAUGCAGAGGACAUUGGUACCCACUCUUUUCCCAACGCGAUGCGGCUACUGUAGAAAACUCUGCCCAGAGGGUGAGAAACUGAAACGCUGCUCCAAAUGCUUCAAAGCUGGAUAUUGUGAUCAAACUUGUCAGAAGAACGACUGGCAUAUGCAUAAGCAGCACUGCAGCAUACUCCCAGAGCCAGUGGGUACACCGUUCAUCAUCAGUGUCCCACAGUCGCAGGCUACAUUUGCCAAGCUUUGCCAGCUCAUGGAGUCAUAUGCAAGGUUCUCUGUGGAGUUUUUCCAGCCACCAGUCAAGGCAGAGCUUCCCCGCAAGCUGUCAAGUCACCCAUCCUCCUCAAACCUGAGUAGUAGCAGCCAGUCUAGCGGUAGCCAGACUAGUUUGGAUAGCCAAUCCUCGAUCAGUAGCACAUGUACAAUCACUGCAGAGCAGGAACAAGAUACCUUGGACAUGGAGUCCCCAAAACUCUUGGAGGCCAAGAUUCCGGAUGUACCAGACAGUGCGAUGAUGUCACUGCCAGUUAUGUCUGAUAGCUUAGCCACUGGUACUUCACUGCCUGGGCAGAAUGAGUCUGAUCUGGGUGGUGAAUUGAGUGCUUGUGACAAUCCUACUGGAUUUAACAGGACUGUUAUGUCUGACGAUAAUUUAUGUUUGAAUGUGAACCAACAGCCGGACUCGGGUUACAAUUCAGUGUCUGAUCUCUGUUCAACGGCAUCAGGAGUAUCAACUGCAGCGACAAACUCUGAAUUUCAUCAGCAGAGAUUUGGUGUAGGAGACUCUUCAGUAUUAGCAUCUCCAGUAAGGCCUGUGCUUGGGAUUCAAUCAAGUGAAGUGGACCGACCAACACCUAUGUUUUUCAUUAAGCCUUCAAAUUCAGAAGGAAUGGGAUUGACUGGGCCUGAGGGAGAGAGGCUUGCAGACAAAGGUGACAAACCAUUGGAUUUAUCUGAAAAUUAUUUCCUGGCAAUGGACUGGAAAAACAAUGACAAGCUGCCUGGUUAUGUCCUUGUUCAAACCAAGGAACUGGAGACUGUCCAAGAUAUAAGUAUGAAAACCGCUACAGCAGAAGAAAGUAACAUCAGUUUGGAUCAAUGCCUGGAGAUGUUUACAGAACCAGAGAUGCUAAGUCCUGAGGAAGCAUGGUAUUGCCCUCAGUGCAAGGAGCAUCGCGAGGCUACAAAACAGCUGUCCACCUGGAGGUUACCACACAUUCUCAUUAUACAACUGAAACGGUUCUCCUUUCGAAACUUCCUAUGGAGAGACAAACUUGACAAGAUGGUGGACUUUCCUACACGGGGACUGGACAUGUCGUCCUACUACGUGGGCAGCAGGCCAAGGGAUGAGCCACCUCCCAUCUACGACUUGUAUGGAGUGGUGAAUCACCAUGGGGGCAUUCUGGGAGGUCACUACACAUCUUACGUGAGAUGUGCCGAUAAGUCAAACACUGGCCAGAGUGAAGUUGGGUGGCGACUGUGUGAUGAUAGUAGAGUGUCAACUGUGAAUCAUGAGAAGGCAGUGGUCACUAAAGCUGCCUACUUGCUGUUCUACCGGAGACGCAAAGUAUUUGUGCCCCCUCCUUCUGUUGGCUUGGAAACUGAAACCUUGGUCGACGAAGAAUUAGAUUAUGCAGCUGAAGAAAUUGGGGAAGAAGGCAACUUUUAUAGUUCUGAUAAUGGUCCUGAUAAUUUAGCUGAAGGGCGAAGUGGAAGACUUGAAAUUGACACAACUUCUUCCUCCAAUCUUGAAGAGUUACCUGAACUGGACCUUGAUGACGAUGAAAAAAAAGAUGACGUCUUUGAGAAUGACUUAAAUAAUGAUGAUAAUAAGCCAGAGUUAGAAUACACUGACAUGGAUGCUGUUGAUUAGGUAUUACAUGAGUUAUAAACCCAAGAACUGUUGUGAUGAAAAUGUAUAUUUCUAAAUCAAGAUUUUAGGUAAACAUGCUUUAGCGAUUUAAACAGUUAAUGACACAUGUAUUUUUAAUUCUUAUACAUUUAUUUACAAGUUAUGACAUGUAACACAGAAACAAAGCAUGUCCAUACAGUGUCACUCCAUGUAGUCUUUUGCAACUUUAAAUGUAAGUAGCAUAAUGUAGAUUGUUUACCUUCUCACAACAAAUACCCUGCACCAUAUGGUGUCAUGGUCAUUAUCAAAAAAGGUCAUGUUGUUUCUGAUUGAAGUUGGAUAUUUGUCAGUUACUGGCUCAAGUAUGUGUACUUAGUAAGUUAGUAGUAGUAAAUAGCAUAGACCACCUCAGCUUACAAAGAGUAUCAUGAGUAGGUUAACUGAUUGCAGGCUAUUAAAUACUGUUAAAUGCAAAGAAAAAUCAAAAUAAAUACGUUCAUUGAACGAAAAACAUUAAAUGUGCAAACAAUGAGACUUACUUGUUGUAAUCUUUAUAUAUGAUUGUUUAGUUACAAAAUGAAAAGCAUAUAUAAAAGGUAUUGACUAACUACCGUAGUCAAUUUACCUUCUUGGAACAGUUUGAAGUGGUUUGUUAUUGUUGAAAAAAUGUGUCCCUCCUUUUGUAAUUACAUUUUGAGUAUUGUUCAUUUUUGUUGAUUUUAUGCCCCUGUUUGGGUGGCAUAUAGCAUUUGAACUGUCUGUCUGUCUGUCCGUCCGUCCGUCCGUCCGAAAACUUUUUACACUGGCCUUAACUUUUGCAAUAUUGAAGUUAGCAACUUGAUAUUUGGCAUGCAUGUGUAUCUUAUGGAGCUGCACAUUUUGAGUGGUGAAAGGUCAAGAUCAAGGUCAUCCUUCAAUGUCAAAAGUAAAAAAAUACAAUCCAAGGGAAGUAAUAAGCUUCAAAAGGAAGAAAAUUUCUAAACCUGCUAAAUGAUAUACCGGUAUUGGAAUUUUAUUUCAAAGGCGCACAAUAGGGUGCAUUGUGUUUCUGACAAACACAUCUGUUGUUUUCUUAACAUUUUGCUCAAAUGUUUCAUCUGGAAUCCAUUUACAUGUAUAAGUAUAUGUGAAAUGAGUUUCAUGUAUAUGUAGGACAUCUAAAGCAAAAAUAAUGCAUUCAAUUUUUGUGUGAUUUGCAUUUAUUAUUAGAAUUGUUUUUUGUAUACAUUCUCUAAGUGGGGUGCUUUUGUCAUGUGGGUAAUGUUCAAAAUGUAUCAAUAAAAUAAAAUCUGGAAAUUUUAAGUUCUUAACAAAUAUGCUAUGAUCACUCCUCCCUUAAAUGCAUGAAAAUAGUAAAAUAAUUGCCAUAUGGAAAAGCAUGCCAAUUUGGAAAGUAAAAUAUUUUUCAUAUUUUUUUUAUGUUUUUGUCUAGCCUGCUUGCUUUACAAGCUCUAUAAAGCAGUAACAAUGGUUAAGUGUGUGUGCAUGAUUGUUUCCUAGCCUCUUUUGACUGUAACUCAGUAAUUUCCACAAAUAUUCACCGUCAUAUAUAUAGGGAUGGUGCACGUAGACCUGGUCUCUCUCCCUCAAUGGUCAGGUCACACAUGCGUGAAAGGUGUGUAUCCGAGCAUGACAUGUCCAGACUGUACUUUUUACAUUCGUCAUACUACAUUGUUUUUAAAACAACUAACCACAAAUGCACACCAUCAUAAGACUACAGUCAGUUCACGUGUUACACUCAUCUCUCUUCCUCAAAGGUCCGAGGCACAUUUUGAGAACAAAGGUCAAAUUUGGCAAUAAAAAGCACAUUCUGACUGUAUCUUCAUCAUUUAGAUUGUAUCCUGCAAUUUAAAAAUAACUUCCACAAAUGUUCACCAAGAGGAGAUAGCAUGUUGCAUAUAUCACCUGUCUAUCUACCGGUACCUCGAAAGUCAAGGUCAUUCUUGAAGAUGAGCUGUCAACUUUGGCCAUAAAACGGCUUGUCCCUACUAUAAAUUAUCAUAAAUAAUGGAAUUCUAAAAUACCUUGCCUCAAAUGACCAGCAUGAGGGCACAGUGUGUUGCAUAAAAAGACUUUCUAUCUUGAAGGUCAAGGUCACAAUUACAGUUUGAGGAAAACUGUGACCAUAAUACAUCUUGUUCUAACUUAAACAAUGUCAUUUCAUCAGGCAAUUGUAAAAAUUAACUACCUUAAAAGACCAACAUAAUGGAAACAGUGUCUCGCUUGUAAAACCCAGAUCCCUUUCUAAUGUGUAAAGGUCACAAUUAUAAAAUGAUAAUUAAACGGUCAAAUAUGGCCAUAAAACUCCAUGGCCAAACUAUUAUUUCAUUAUUCGUCAUGCAAUAUUUAAAUAACUCCACAAAUAUUCAAUAUAAUAGGACCAUAUGUUGCGUGUAACAUCUGUCUCUUUCCCUUAAAGGUCAUAUUCAAACUUAAAGGUUAAUCAGACAAUAAAACAGAUUGUCAAAGCUCUUAAUGUUGGCAAUUUAUUCAUAACAUAUCACAAAUGUUCACUAUUUGGAGACAUUUCAAUGUGUAAAAAUCUCUUCCAUUCCUCAAAUGUCAAGGUCACUCUUAAAGGUCACAGGUCAAAUUUUGUCACAAAACAGCUCAUCUUGGCUUUACCAACAUCAUGCAAUGUUAAAAUAAUUCUUUAUGGGUCAAAGGUGUUUCCAAUCUUGGGCAAAGGUCAAGGUCAAAAGCCAAACAUACAGGUGGUGCUCUUGUAAAAUAAUUACAAGAAUUAUUGACCAUCAGCUAAACAUUUUGCCAACAUGUAGCUGGCUUAUUAAUUUUUUUACACAUUUAUUUAAGUACACAAUUGAAUCUACCUUGCAUAAUUUGGUGCAUUUGUGAAGUUGUUGUAUAUGGAAUCUUUAAUUUGUAUUUGGUUAAAAAAAUCAAAUUAACUUAUUUUUUAGUUCUUUUAUGCACACAUUAUUGCAUCAUAUGUGAACAGAGCAUGUGAUAGAACAAACAACAUUGACAAUGCUAUAUGAUUAUAUCUAUUAAUGUAUAGUUUCUUUUUGUAAUCUCUAACAAUUGUUUUUCGUUGUGUUUUGCUUAUCUGUUAAAAAUGCCUCUUGAGAAGAUAACUGGUUACUGUUAUUCAAUCUAAGCAAAGCAAAAUGACAACACAUCAUUCAUAGUAAUGUUGUCGAUAGCUAUUUAUAGUAAAUAUAGAUUAUACACUCCACUGCUUAAUUCAUGUAAUUGAAUCAAUAUCUUCAUUUUAGUUUAUGCUUUUAUGAAGUUCCAAAGAACAGAAGCUAUAGAUCUGAACAAAAAAAAUUGCGUUGCAAUCCUGAUUUUAUAUUAUUUUUUUGUGUUUAAUUUACCAAUGAAUUUUGAACCCAGCUGAGUGCAACAGACUCAAGGUGAGUUAAAAGGGUAUCCCUUAAUGUCCAUCAUCUGUCCGUCCGUGAUGUGUAGGUGACGUGUAUCCGUCAUCUUUUCUUCAAUCUUCUAAUGUACCGCUGGGUAAAAUUUGAGAUACAUCACAGGAAUGUUGUUUUGAUUUUUUUCUUUAAAGAUUCAAACAGUUCGGCUAUGAUGCCAGAAAUUGAGUUUAAAAAUGACAAUUUUUAUGUUUGAUGUGUAAAAUUGUUUUGUGGUCCUCUACAAUCUUUGUUCAAAUCAUGCCCAUGGGGUAAAACUGGCAAAAUCAUAGGGAUCUCUUAUUUAAUAAAGACUUACAAUAUAGAGAAAUAUUCUUAUCUGAAGCUGCAAAAUCCUGAGCUUUUUUAUUUGGUAUGUAUCAUCAUGUAGAGAUUGUUCAAAUUAUGUCCCUGGGGUCCGUAGUGGACACUUUUAAGGUGAACUAGUUUGACAGAGAUGUAUAUUGGUAAAACUGUGAACAUCUAUUAAUCUAAAGCUGCAAUCUUGAAGGCUUUCAUGUUGGAUAUAAACAUAUUUGGUAUAUAGAGGACUUUUACAAAGUUUCUCCAAAUUAUGCCCAUGGGGUCAAAACUGGACUUGCCCUAGGGUCACCACUUUUUCUUUGACAUGUUUUGAGAAAACCUUAAAAAGAACCUUUAUCCAGGGCUUUCAUAUAAGGUUUGUAGCAUCAUCUUGAUGUUUAUUUAAUUAAUGUGCCUGUGAUUGAAAGUGGCCUCUCCCAGGGUGUCACUAAUUUAAUAUAUACAUAUAUGCUGAAAAUCUUUAAAAAUCUUGACUGAAACUGCAAAGCCCACUACUCUCAUAUUUAGUAUCGAGUAUAAUCAAGAGGUCCUGCACAAAUCAGACCCCUUUGUUCAAAGAAUACCUGGCCCAGGAGGCACAUUUUCAAUAUUGCCAUAUAGCAAAUAGCAGAUUGUGGGAAUUGAUCAUACAAGCCUUGAUAGGGCCAUUCCUCUGUAUCUCUGAUUCAAGUAGGGCAGUGGUAAGCUACUGGCAUAAGUAUGUGCACUUAGUACUGGAAAACCAGCUAUUCUAGGACGAGUUGGUGAAGUGAUUCCCAUGUUAUUUCUGAAAUACUCUUGAAUACAGCCACAAUUCCAUCUUCACAAAAAAAUUCUCUUCAACAAAGGCCAUACUUUGAUAUUUAUGUUACAUCAAAUACUGGUUGUCCAGGCAAGCAAAAUUUCUAAAGAAAUUAUAUUCUCUUAAGAUAAAAAAUGCCCAUAACUGUAAUAUUUGCAUGUCAAAUCAGAUAAUGGUCCUCUUGUUUUCAAAUUAUGCUUUUGGGGUAAAAAUUUGCCACGCCAGUGUGGUGAUGUUAAAUGCGUUAUACAGACUUAUAUAGUUAGAUUAUUUGUUUUUCAAAUUAUGCCCCUGUUGACAAGUGUCCCCAAACCAGGUGUCUUUACUAAAGCACUGCAGUACAGUUUAGUCCUGAAGGAUUGUCAGGGUCCUUUUUUGGCCCCUGACAACUUGCUGCCUGAGGUAUAAUCAAAAGUGGUUUUUAUGCCCCCGGAUCGAAAGAACGGGGGUAUAUUGUUUGUGUGUGUGUGUGUGUGUGUGCGCGCCCGCGCGUGCGUGCGUGCGUGUGUGUGUGUUCCAAAACUUUAACCGAAACUUUUACCUUGGUCAUAACUUUUGCAAUAUUCAAGAUAGCAACUUGAUAUUUUGCAUGCAUGUGUAUCUCAUGGAGCUGCACAUUUUGAGUGGUGAAAGGUCAAGGUCAUCCUUCAAGGUCAAAGGUCAAAAAAACAAAUUUAAAAACUUUAACCAAAACUAACCUUCUUCAUAACCUUCUUCAUAACUUUUGCAAUAUUGAAGAUAGCAACUUGAUAUUUGGCAUGCAUGUGCAUCUCAUGGAGCUGCAAAUUUUGAGUGGUGAAAGGUCAAGGUCAUCCUUCAAUGUCAAAGGUCAAAUUUAUGGCUUCAAAGCGGCGCAAUAGGGGGAAUUGUGUUUCUGACAAACACAUCUCUUGUUCUGUCUUGUGACACACAGUGACAUAAAUUGUUUGUAUCUGCUAGCACUUACUGCCAGUCUUGCAUCACUGGUAUAUUCAAAGAGUAGCUGCUAAGCCUCCAAAAUCGACCAACCUCGAUUUGACCUUGAUUUUCUUCUGACUUUGUAAUUCGAUAACACUUGCCAAUGACCAGUUUUGUAAUCCCAUUUUUUUGUGUCACCCAACUAUAUCAAUUGACUUAUUAAAAUAAAAGGCCCAGUUUUAAGAGGAGACACUUUUUAAAUAGAUAUUUUUUAGGUCAUAUCAUCUUAUCUAUCAUUCUUGGACAUUUGCUUUUGAACAUCAUAAUGGUAUUGUAUACUUGGUACAAGUAUGUUUAUAUUGCAUUAAAGCGGGUAUAUACGAUUUUUAUGUGUGCUGAAUUGUAAAAUAUUGAUACAAAUAUGUUAUAAUAACACAUAAUAUGCAAGAAAAAUGAUACAUUUAAGACGAAUUUCAUAAAAUACAGCAAAUACAAAUUAGCGUCCCGAGCCGAUUGUGACGAAGAUAAUUCGUAAUUAUUUUCCUACAAUAACCGAUGCAUUCGUCUUUUUAGUAAGUGUUCGUGUGUCGUAUGAAUCGAUAUCGCUGCAGGAAUUUCAAAUGAACCGUUAAACUAAAUUUAGAUUCACAUCGUACAUGCAUGAUAUACAUGCUGGCGAAUUCGGCUGUACAGCCUUUUUCGAUAUCAGAAUUAAAUAUCUGGCUUAUUUAGCAUUUUUCGACACAUGUUCUUCUUAACUUUUAUUUUAGUUUAUAUUGAAAGAUAUGUAUAACAAGUUUUUACACAUUUUAUAUUAAUAAAUAAAUAUUUGACAAGAUCGUAUAUACCCGCUUUAAAUAUGUACUUGCAUAUUAAGCAGUCUAGAAUAUAAUAACAUUUACAUUUUCCUGUUAAAUUUUUCUGUUUUCUACAAAAAGUUCUAUACAAUCUUCUUGUCACAACUUGAAUUUCAUUUAAUUGAUACUCUUAUUAUGUGUUUUUCAUAUACAUGUUUUACUGAAUUUAUGUUAAAGAUGUGAUAUCGUUUUGCUUAUAUCAUGUGUACAAUUUGACUUAUUUUUGCAGUCACAUCACAGUUCUUGGCUGUUUUUUUAGGUGAAACACGUUUUCAUAAUAAAUUGUUCAUUGCAAUUGAACACAUUUGUAA